AUGGUCGACAUCCCAAAGAAGUACAAGGCCUGCAUCUACGAUGAGCCUGGAAAGGUUUCAACGAAGAUUGUAGAGCUCGAUACUCCGGAGCCGGGUCCAGGAGAGGUUCUCAUUAACCUGUCGCACUCUGGAGUAUGUCACAGUGAUCUCGGUGUUAUGACGAACAGAUGGGCAGGUCUACCAUAUCCGACACAGCCAGGACAAGUUGGUGGACACGAGGGUGUUGGUAAGGUCGUCAAGUUGGGCCCUGGCGCUGAGCAGAGCUCCGUCAAGGUUGGAGACCGUGUUGGCAUUAAAUGGAUCAGCGCCAUCUGCGACUCCUGCCCAGCAUGCCACGCAGGCCACGACGGCGUCUGCUUCAACCAGAAGGUCUCAGGAUACUACACGCCUGGCACAUUCCAACAAUACGUCCUCGGCUCAGCCAGCUACGUAACCCCCAUCCCCGACAGCCUCCCAUCCGACGCCGCAGCCCCCAUGCUCUGCGCCGGCGUAACCGUCUACUCGGCGCUCCGCAAGUCCGGCGCCAAAGCCGGCGACUGGGUCGUGCUGUUGGGCGCUGGAGGAGGUCUCGGCCAUCUCGCAGUCCAAAUCGCCGCGCGUGGUAUGGGAAUGCGUGUGAUUGGCAUUGACGCUGGCAACAAGCAGGAGCUUGUGAAAGAGUGCGGUGCUGAAGUUUUCAUCGAUCAUACGCAGGGUAAAGCGGAGGAGGAGGUCAAGAAGGUUACGGGCGGUCUGGGUGCGCAGGCUGUGUUGGUACUUACGGCUGCUAAUGGAGCUUAUGCGAGCGCCAUGGGUCUCCUCAAGUUCGGCGGUACCUGCGUCUGCGUCGGUCUUCCGGAGGGCGAACUCAAGCCCAUCGCCACGGCAUACCCUCAGUUCCUGGUAGCGAAGGCUCAGACGAUCAAGGGAGUCGCGGUUGGUGAUCGUAAGGAUGCCAUUGAGACUCUUGAAUUCGCCGAGAGGGGUCUGGUGAAGACACAUUUCACGACUGCAAAGAUGGAGCAGUUGACUGAGACAUUCGAGAAGAUGGACCGUGGUGAACUGGUUGGUAGAGUGGUGCUGGAUUUGAGCUAG